AUGACCACGCCCCCAUGUCACCCAUUUCAGAAGCUCUGCUGCAUCAGUCAAUCUGGCGACAUCCAUCUUCUACUUGUUGCGACAGGACCCCAUAUCCUGUCGCUAGACUUGAAGAAUGGCGGAAUCGUUUCGAAGUGGCCGAAUGAUGCUGUUCAAAGUGCUGAGAGGCAAUCACUAGAAGAAUUAGGGAAUGGAAUUGUGGAUGAUGAUCCGCCUGCGAAGAGGCGUAAGCCUAAUCUCUCCAAAAGACAGCAGGAUGAGCAGGAGGAUGAUUCUCGGGAUUCGUCAAUCUCAGUAGAGUUUGUAUCGGAAAGAGCCAAAGGGCAGAGGCGCAAAAAGAAGAAGGCAGUGGAACCUGUGUUACCCAAUGUAUCUCAUAUAAUUGCCACUCUUGACGGACUUCGUGUGGUAGCAACAACAGCGGAGGACAAAUGUAUUCGAGUCUUCGAGCUGGGUUCUUCGGGACAAUUGACGCUUCUCAGCGAAAGGCAUAAUGACCGAGAUAAAUUUGGCGAUGUCUAUGCACUGCCUCUUCACCCCUCGCUUGAGAAAGCUACCGCAUUACCUUCCAAGCCCCAGUUGCAAAAAACCAAGCCAAUGAAACCAUCGGCGUCCGAACUGACAGUCCAUACCAAAGGUAAUCUUGAAGCUUUGCGACAGCAAAAAUUGCAGAACGCUUCUGCUUCAAAGAAAACUGCGCCUACGUUUGAGCAUCGGCUUAUUCUUGGCCACGUCUCACUCCUCACAGAUCUUGUUGUUGGCACCGACCCUUCAAAUGAUAGUCGAGAAUACAUCUUGACCGCCGAUCGGGACGAGCACAUCCGUGUCUCUCGCGGCAUACCACAAGCUCAUGUCAUCAAAAAUUACUGCCUAGGACACACCGAGUUCGUAAGCAAGCUCUGCACUGUACCAGACCUGCCUCAAAUUCUGAUAUCAGGGGGAGGAGAACCCUCUCUUCGUAUCUACGAUUGGUUGCGAGGCACAUGUGUAGCUGCGGCUAGUCUAGAAGAGGAUUUGAAGCACCUCAUUAGCAGCAGUGCGUUCAACGGGCUUAUAUCUAGUGGUAUUCGGGCUGUCUCGUGUAUUCAAGCCAUGAAAGUUCGAGACACUGAUGAUCUGGGAGACGUCAUCAUGAUAGUGGUGGCCUUCGAAGGAAUACCCGGCAUCUCCACUUAUCUCUUCCAUCCAGAAAAAUGCCUUCUCAAGCAAGAUAGACAAUACGUUAUGGACGCGAACGUGUUGGAUAUUGUCUUGCUCAAGGAGAGUGGUCUGAUGCUGGUCUCCUUAGACAACGUUCAUUCUCCGCUAUCCACCAAAGAACCAACUUCCCAUGCGCUGGCACCAGCCAUACGCGUUUUCGGACUUAAACUGGAAAAGUUUGAUGGUGAACAGCAGUUCGGGUGGGUCGGAUAUGACCCUGCGACUGGAAGCCAUGGAACCGUGCACAAUGGCAGCUUCGAAGACAUAGCGUCAAAACUGAAUCAAACACUUCAAUCAAAUGAUAUCCGCCAUGAGAUCGAGCUUCAGAGUGCUACCAAGCCGAAUGCAUUAUACUCACCCUUAGGUGAGUUUUUAUAUGGGUUGGAGAACUUACGGAAGAAGUCUCAAGGAGACGGACAGGAACAGGAAGCAGAAGAGUUGGCGGUCACUCAUCCAGAAGAACGAUAA